AUGACUGCAAAGUUUGAUUAUAAUGUAGUGUCAAUUGAAGAGUCCAAGAACCUACCUGAGAUGAAGUUGGAAGAACUUCAAGCGUCACCUGAAGCUCAUGAGAAGCAGAGGAACUCAGAAAGGGAGAAGGUUAUUGAGCAAUAUGCAUAUGCUGGAGUUAAUGAUUUUGAUGAUGUGCUACUAAUGGAAAAUACUCAAUCGAGCAAUGGGAAAAACAACAUGUGGUACCUAGAUUCAAGAUGCAGCAACCAUGUGACUGGAAAUAAAACCUGGUUCACCAAGUUAGAUGAAUCAAUCAAGAAAGUGAUUGGAAAGGAUGGUCGAAAAGCCAACAUCACUAAUGUGUUAUAUUUACCUUCUAUGACAAGUAACUUGAUAAGCAUAGGUCAAUUACUUGCUAAAGAGUACAACAUAAAGGUAGAAAAGAAGCUGAUGUGGGUGUACGAUGGUAAUGAAAGUUUGAUUAUGAAAACACCAUUGACUGAAAACAAGACCUUCAAAGUAGAGAUCAACACGGUUGAUCACAUGUGUCUUUCUUCGACCAUUGUCGAAGACACAAACUGA